GCCCAGGCCGCCGCGACCUCGAGCGCAGCCCUGGCGACGCAGCUGGCCCAGUCGCUGCGUGGUGCAUCGCUCGUCUCGGGGCCGGCAGCCGUAGUGCGCUCGCUGUGCCGCGUGCUGGCGUCGAGCGUCGCGCACUACGUCGCGCUGUCUACGGGCGGCGACUGCAAGGGCGUCGUCGUGUCUGCGACCUGGCUCGCGCCCUUCUCUGUCCUACCGCGCCGGUGGGACGCCAGCGAGGCCAGCCUGCCUGCCGCUGCGAUGGCCUUCCCCGCUGCCGCCCAGAGCGAGCCAGAGGUCAUCUCCAACAGUGCGCCAACAAGGAGCGAAAGGGCCACCCCGGAGAGGCGCGAGGUGAAGCAGGACGCUGGCGCGGUGCAGCCGAAGAGAGUGCGCAAGACGAGCCUGCUGUCGCGCGUCCGCUCGCUCAGCAAGCCCAGCGCGGGCACCAACACCACCACAAACACAAACCGCGACGAGAACGAGGACGAGAACGAAGACAGGAACACGGACAGCAACGUGGACGUGAAUGUCGAUGCCAACGGCGCGUCGAGUGGAGACACUACGGGCACGGGCACGGGCAGCUCGGACUCGUCGACGCAGGUCACGAGCACGUCGACGAGCAACGCAGGCACAGGCACCGCCGUCGCCAUUGGACCGAGGUCGGCAGCGGCCGCGACAGCCUCGCACGGCCCCACCUUUUCCUUCAUCGAGCCCACGGCGCCGUCGUGCAGCAGCAGCAGCAGCAGCGGCACGGCAGGCACGGCAGGCACAGCAGCCACGGCAGGCACGUCGUCCAAGGCAGCAAGCACGCCGAGCACGGGUGCAAGCACCGGCUCCGGCAACGGCGUCAACAUCAAGGCCUGCCUCUCGCUCUUCAAAGUCAGCCUCACCGGCCGGCCGAACAACAGCAGCUGUGGAUCGGCGGCGAUGGACGCGUACGAGCGCGAAAAGGUGGCGCAGCGCGAGGAGCGCCUCGCACUCAUGGUUGCCCAGAGCCGCGGGCAGAAUGCCGUCUCGACGACGGGCGUCGCGGUGGCGGUGCCCGGUGCGGCGGCCAGUGCGAGCACGAGCGCGGCGAGCGGGCGCAACGCGACGGUGGGCAACGAUGCGCACGCCAAGGUGGUGGCCGACGCCGAGUCCCGUGGCCAGCCCGUCACAUCCAGCACUGCUGGACAGGGGGCGCAGACGGCGCUGCAGACGCGCCAAGCAAAUUCGGACCGCGGGGCGGUGCCGCUGCACACGGGCAAGGGCCAGACCCAGCACAUGUUUACGCACCACGAGGAAGAGGCGGCGGCGGACGACAAGGAAGAAGAGGCCGACAAGGAGAACGCGGGCACCACGACGCGCACCACGGUCACCACGGUCACCACGACGGACGUCGAGCGCUUUCCCCGGGCCAAGACGCCGGCCGUCGUCGCGCAAGCCUAG